AUAUUGUACACUUUUGUUUUAUUUUUUGCAACGGGUUAUAUCCGUUUGUAGCUGUAUCGCGAUUUCGGCCGUACUCUGUAUUAUAUUUGUGGUCUUUAACGGGCUGAAUACUAAAGACUAAUACCUCCGUACGUUCCUCUACCGCACGACGGUCAAGUACACGGCCGAGGUGAAGGUAAGUGGCCCCUUGAGCGGCGCAAUGCGGAUGACGAGAAAUUCAGUUUUGCUAUGACCGUUGACUGGUAGACAGGCCCGAUCGGCUCGCGAGAUAGUCUCGAGAAGCUCAUCUUGACAGUCGCGGUCUACUAGACUAAAUCACAAAAACGGAAAUUUCUUUCUUCCACAACAUUUACAGUGAAUUCACACGCCAUGGAAUUUCGCACGUUUGUCGGAUGUAUCGGGAGAGUUGGGGAAGAAGAAAAAUGCAUGUAAGCAUACUUAUGAUUCUCUUGUGUGCAUCAUCGUAUGCCGACGACAAAUCCAAAAAUACCAAACCGGUUGUCAACGACAACGAGUCCACGCGAGCGGAAGAACCUCCGGAGGGAUAUUAUGCGUUCGUCGAAUCACCAAACGCGGAACCACCCAGAGUUCGGCCACCGCCCUAUAUUGACAGCGAUAAGGAAUGUUAUGGUAACGAUAAGCAUGGAAAAGGAUUCGUUUCGAUACAUAAUAUCUGCGGAGACUUGAACAAAGGUUACAUUCCACGAAAUCCAAUGAACCAAUAUGUAAAUGGCUCGUCGUAUCCUUUCGCACUGAUAAAGAAUCAUACUCUCAAGUUCCUCAGUAAAGCAUUACCGAUCCUCAAGGCUGACGAUUCACUGCCAAAGGUCGCCAAAGUGCAUCCAUUGUCGCAAAAUUCAGUUGAUACGGCCGAUGAAGAAGAAAAACAUAGUAGAAGCAAAAGAUCCAGUCUAUUGGAUUCGACUUUAAUUACAGACUCCAAUCGACAUGGUCGCAAAUUUUGCGAAAACGGUAGCGGAGUAGUGUGCAUGUUAUAUAAAGCUAUUCAAGGCGAACCGAUCGCGCCGUCGGCAUCGGUCAUCGAACGUCGGGAUGAACCUUCGACGUCCGAUUAUCGACGAGGAGAGCGCGUACCUGCAUCGCAGGAAAAAACGGAAUAUACGGGCCCGCCGACACCAUGCCCAGCUAAGGUUGAAUACGCGACUCCGGUCUUCGCUAAAAAUUAUCAAGGUGUCUGGAGAUACGUGGUGCAGAUACCUUACGAAGGUUACUUUACGCAGACGAUCGAACUCACCAGAUGCAUGCAAUCGAGAUGCCAUUACUUGGACGGUGGAUGCUUAUCAUCGCCAAGAUGGACGAGUCUAUUGGUCGCUGAAAUAUUUUACCCGGACACGUUCUUAGAGGAAAAUCAAAGUUCCGGUAUCGGAUCUGGUACUCGAGAUCCUGUCGCUGUAUCGCCACCACCAGUUCACGAUUUUCAAAAUUAUCAGCAAUAUUUGCAGAAACGUGCGAGCACGGGGGAAGCGCGUAACAAUGGUGGUGCUCAGCAACAUCACUGUGAUGGUGUCGACGAAAUGGGUUGCUUCCAAGUACGACUCUACUACGAUUGGUUCUUGGUACCGGGAAGCUGUAAAUGCUGGCGACCGGAUUACUUCAAUCGAUAUGUUCGUCGCAGCGGUUCCAAUAUCGAAUUAUGAACUUCACGUAAGAAUGUGUAUUUUGUAUCCCGAGAAGAUAUCAAUGUCGCUUUACUUCAGCGUCAUUACUCAUCAAUCGUCGUUACAUGAACGUACAAAGUUGGAGAUGACUUACCCAGGUCAUUCCAAAUAUCGCGGAUAGU